AUGGGUGCUCCCGAAGGUGUACAGACUGUCUCCGGCAGACUGGCAACCUUCGACGAACCGCAACAUCUACCAAAGCGACGCGCCUCGGCCACGAAGAAGAAGGCCGCAUCGACAGUGUCCUGGCCACAUGAGAAGCCUGCGCCAGAAGAUCUUGCGCGCGCCGGCUUCUACUACAAACCCGCGACAAACAGCCCCGACAACGUCACCUGCUUCAUCUGCAAGCGCUCGCUCGACGGUUGGGAGCCCGAUGACGUGCCGGCGGUCGAGCAUCUUAACCACUCCCCGAACUGCGCGUGGGCGGUCAACGUCUGCAUCAGCUACCGCUCCGACGACCCAGAUCGCGUCGAAGGGGACCCGAUGGAGGACAAGUACGUCGAGGCGCGAAAGGCGACGUUUCAGGACAGCUGGCCGCACGAGGCUAAGAAGGGCUGGAAGUGCAAGGUCAAGAAGAUGGUCGAGGCGGGGUGGUGCUACGACCCAAGCCCAGAGUACGAUGACGGUGUGACAUGCUUCUACUGCAAUCUCUCGCUGGAUGGCUGGGAACCAAAGGACGAUCCGCUGGAGGAGCAUCGGAAACGAUCGCCAGACUGCUACUUCUUCACACUCAUCGACAGCUAUGCCGGAAACAGGAAAGCAGCAAAGGGCAAAAAGGGGCGCGGGUCUUCGGCGUCGAGGACUUCCCGAUUGUCUACGCAAUCCAACCUCACCACAUUCUCUGAAGCACCAUCGUUGAUGUCGCUGGGCGACCCUCCACUGGAAGAUGAAAGCGUUCUGACGACAGCAACCACCGCCACUACAACAUCAGUGGCUCCGAAAGGACGAAAGACGAAGGCCAAGCCAGCAGCAAAAGGCAAGCGAACCGCAAGCGGCAAAAAAGCUGCACCGGAAACUAUGGUUGUGCUGGAUUAUCCUAUAGACGAACCUGAAGUGCAGCACGCGGAAACCACCGCACAGCCUCUGAAACGAACAACAAGGCGGAAUACCCAGCUUGCAGACAACUCACAUAUGGAGACAGACUCCCCUCCGCGACGACCCACUAGGACCAAGGUCACAAGGGCUGUAUCGAAGCCCGAACCGGAGCCGCCAGAAGACGAAAGCCAGCUGCAGUCUGAGCUAAUUGACGCUGUGCAUCGCGCAACGAUCGAGACGGUAUCAAAGCCCAAGCGCGGAACUAAAAGGACCAGCGACGGACUGGCGAAGCUCGACUCGUCAGUUGUGAUCCUAGCUGCAGCUCCUGCGCCAGUCGAAGAGCCGGCGCCCAAACCAAAGCGCGGCAGAAAGCCUACUAAGAAGGCAAAAGGGUCUAUCCAGCCUCGUUCAUCCGAAGCCACUGAACCCGAGGAAUCUCAAGCGCCGGCACCGAAACCUGCACCAAAAGCCAAAAAGGGCAGGAAGAUCACUAAGAAGGCAACUCCGGAGCGUGAACCUGAGGACGAACCGCAAGCAAUCGCAGAGCCUGAACCCGAGCCCGAGCCAACAGCCACCACUCCCCCUCCAGUCGUUACACUCGACGACUUCCCCCUGCCUCCACCCUCCCACCACGGCGCCGAAACCCCCGUCCACGCGCCCUCCCUCGCAGAACCAACACCUGACCCCGACACCCCAACACCUGCGCGCGUAGCUCUAACCCCAGGCCGCCUCUUCUCCGCAACGAGACGACCCGCAUCAACACCUCUCAAGGCCGCGACACCUCCACCAAAAGACCGGAUACCCUCAUCAUCGCCGCACCAAUCUUCAGACGCAGAGAACCUACCGCCGUCUUCGAGACCUUCGCUGCAUGCCCAGCUCUCCGCCGCCAAGCAGCCGCCUCAUAUCCCUCUGGCGGCAACACCCAACCUCUCGCCCUCAAAGCGCUCCCACCCCCUCACCGGCGCCCUGACCACCGCCGCGCCCUGGACAGCCGCGGAGCUGGAAAUGGUCUUCCUCCUCUCGCCCUCAUCCAAAGCGCUGCUGCAAGCCCCUAAAAACGCCUCGAUAUUCACGGAACUCGACCAAGAGAACCUACAAAACAUGUCGGCAGAGGAACUGGCAAGGAGAGUCAGGCAGGGUCUCAGCAGCCCGGAGAAGAGGAUGAGCGUCCAGGAGUGGAUUUACUGGAAUGCGGCUAGGGGAGAAGAGAGGUUGAGACGGGAGUGUGAGAGGUUGGUUGGCGUUUUCGAGACGGAGGGACGGAGGGCGCUGGGGAGUUUGGAGGGGGUGGAGUGUGUGUAG